UACACUAUGUAUAACUGAAUAAAAUGAAAGGGAAGGGUAGGUGGAGAGGAAGGUACUAAACGUCCUAUUUUACCGUUUACAUGAUAUAUAAUUGAAUGAAAUUAAGGAAAGGGUGAGAGGAAGGUGAUAAUUCGUUCCCUUUGAAGGCAGAAAUAUUUAUCUUUUUCCUUUAUUUGGCAAGGAAAGAAAGGAAAUAUCGGGGUAACUUUUUAUGUUGAUUCAGUAAGAGUGGAAUGUGAGGGAAGCCAACAAAAGUUAACUGUUAUGCUCCUAAGAUUUACACUGCUGAUUAUCUUAUCCUUCUUUAAUUCUCCCUGCAGCUCACCUGUGGCUUUCAUUACAACUUUUGUCACGUUAUUUGCUUUGGUUAUUGCCAUUACUAAGGAUCUGCCAGAUGUAGAAGGUGACCGAAAGUUUCAAAUUUCUACUUUUGCUACUAAGCUUGGCGUGAGGAACAUAGCAUUCCUGGGCUCUGGGCUCUUGUUGGUAAAUUACAUCGGUGCUGUAUUGGCUGCAAUUUACAUGCCUCAUGCUUUCAGGAGCAGGUUGAUGAUACCGUUGCAUGCAGUCUUGGCAGUAUGCUUAGUUUUCCAGACGUGGUUACUGGAAAAAGCGAACUAUACUAAGGAAGCAAUUUCAGCAUUCUACCGGUUUAUAUGGAAUCUCUUCUACGCAGAGUACUUGCUAUUCCCUUUCAUCUAACCUGUUGUUAAAGUUUCAUUAGCCUCGGGAAAGUAUCUGUUCAGUAUACUUUCUCAAUCAGUUGUAGCUCAAAGAGUCAAUACUCACCUUCCUCAAGGAGAGUCACAGAGGUGCCAAUUGAGCACAAGGUGCUUGGCACAUUUAGGUGUGUUAGUUGUAAGUGGAAGAAAAUUUAUAUGUGUAAUAUCUCAUUCAAGAGGCACAACAUUAUUGCUUAGUUGUUUCUCUUUCAUAAAAACAUUUCGAAUGAGAUGAA